GUCACCGAGCCCCGGGGGCGACACCGAUCCGCCGCUAUAUAAUCCUCGCGGUCCGGUGGAUGAAAGCAGCGAACUGAAUCAGAUAGGAGACAAAGCAAACAGACACUGACCAAACAAACAUGGUGAAGAUCACUUUCCAGCCAGUGUCGGCGCAGAAGCCCGAAAAAGACAACGAUGCGGACAAGAUCAUUAUACCUCAGGCCCACGAGCAGCUGGUUCCUCCUGUCAGGUCCAAGAAGCCUUUUCCAACUGGCCUGUGCUGCCUCACCUUUGGCCUGGUGGUGUUCAUGUCAGGACUGGUCCUGGCCUCUAUCUACAUCUAUCGCUACUACUUUAUACCUCAGCAAAUCCCAGAGGACAGCUUGUUCCAUUGCCGGGUCAUCUAUGAGGACUCGGUGUUUGCUCCUCUAAGGGGGCGGCAAGAACUCGAGGAGAAUGUCGGCAUCUACCUUGACGACAACUACGAACAGAUCAGCGUACCUGUGCCACAUUUUGGAGGCAGCGACCCUGCUGAUAUCAUCCACGACUUCCAGAGGGGCCUCACAGCUUAUCAUGACAUUGCCUUGGACAAAUGCUACAUCACUGAGCUGAACACUACCUUGGUGAUGCCUCCACGAAACCUGUGGGAGCUGCUCGUCAAUGUCAAGAGAGGGACGUACCUUCCUCAGACUUACAUCAUCCAGGAGGAGAUGGUGGUGACAGGGCGGGUGAGGAACAUGAGGCAGCUGGGCCCCUUCAUCCACCGGCUCUGCUACGGCAAAGAAACCUACCGCCUCAGACGCCGCAACCAGCGCCAACGUAUCGAGAGGCGUGAGACAAAGAAGUGUCACAGCAUCCGUCACUUUGAGAACACUUUCGUGGUGGAGACCGUCAUCUGCGACAGGUUCUGAAUCUGCGGCGGAAAUCACAGCCAUCUAACACUGAAGCCAAUUUCAAACCAUACCUCUUGAAUUCCUUAGGCGUUUAACUGCACUUUAAGAGCAAGUAUUCGUCCAUUAGUUUUAGUUCCGGUUUGUCAUUUUGUUUUUUCGUCUCAACUUGAAAAUGCUCUGUUCAUGUUCAUGUACAACGUCGCUGUCUUUUUUUAUUCAAAGCGUCUGUAUACGUGAAUGAUGUUCUAGAUGUGUUUGGAUAUAUCUGUAGCUUGUCAUGUUGUGCAGAAGAUCUCAACGUAGGUCAGUUUGUAACAUUUACAUCAGAGGACUUGAUUUGAUUUUCGACCUGUGCGUGUAUUUUUUUUGUUACCCAGUGCACUGAUGGUAAAGAUACUUGGAAGCUGCUUGCACCGUGCACUAAUGUUACUAUUUGUUUCUUGGUUGUUACUUUAUUUUUGUUCAAAUGUCAGAAAAUGGCAAAACAUACCUCAUGUAGUUAAGAUGUUUCUUUGCUGGGUUGUAUCAUUAAUGAAUGGUGUACAUAACUGAUUGUUCCUAAGCAAUAUAUACUGUAAACUGAUUUUUUUUUCUUUUUAAUUUCAUAUUGUUACAUGCAUAGAUUUUUAUCUGAAAUCGACUUGUUUUGUAGAUGAUCACGUCUCUGUGGUUUGCCUCUUUUUGUUUCUCCCUUUGGUAUCACACUUUCCUACUCCUUGGAUAUAAAUGGCUUUAGACUGUAAUCAGUAGCAGUGCUGUAGAAGGAACAGAAGGAACCAAAGUCUGUAGUCAGUGUUGCUAUGCUUAGGGUUAAGGUCGUCUGAAAUAUUUAUAAGGAAUGCUUUAUAGUUUAGAUCACUUACUGUAGACGAUAUCAAAGGAUCAUUUUUGUAUCGCUCUUCCUCUUCUUCACUCAGAUUUGCCUGUUGUCUUUAGCUCUUGCUUGUUCCCAAUCUUUCCUAUUUUGGCAUUAUAAUCUCUACAACGUUGAUUUGUCCCAUCUUAUGGAUUUGGGGUGUCUUUGUAAUGUACAACCUGGAGCAAAUCUGUCUCUGUUGAGAGAGAUCCGUGACAUGUGCUCAUAUUUCAUUGUCUUGGAUACUUUAUUUCGCUGUACAGUCGAUUCUCUUGUAAUAUCUUGCUGCUUUAAAAAAUAAAUGAUCAAACUUU